AUGUCGCCCGAAGUCAUACAUCUGCCCAAUGGGCAGAAUAUCACUGUGACACCUGUCUUUGCCGGACUCUUCUUCAAGUCGAACGAGCCAACUACACAUCCAGGUGUCUUCCCCAUUGGAUGGACGAUUGUGAUUCACACGGAGGGAGGGAUAGUCGAGACAGAAGACGGCGUCUCUGCGUUCGACAGUCCUCACCAAGGGCCGGACCAAGGCCCCAGGCCAGACUCGAAGACCCAGCUACAUACCUUCACCAGGCCAACCCUGCAAAACGACAGCCUCUUCAUUUCGUCCAUAUCCAAUCCCUCCAACCAAGACUACAAGCCAGCUGCGAGCCCGACGCGCCAGAUCGCCAUGAUGCUUUGGGUCACGCUGUACUGGUACUUCCAUCAACCUCCACCACCAGCGACUGUGACGACAGAGGCGUCCAGGCUCACACCCCAGGCCGGUAGACCGCGGGGAGAGUGGCGUGUUCGAAUAAAACGGGACGGCGUUUUGAGAGGACAUGAUUUAAUGGCCAAGUUAGAGCGCAUGGGGCUCAUUGCCAGUUGCGACUCUUCCGUAGGAACAUCGCUCCAGGACACUGAAGAGACGUGGGCCAACAUGUUCGUAACGCAAAAGAUGUUUUGGCAGAUCCCGGGUCGCCUAUUUCUCUUCUCCCGCCAGCCGGUUAUGAAAAGCAAUAUUUCGUAUCCCAACUCACCCACACAAAGUAGGCCAGAGUCGCCAACGCAAGGGGAGUUCUUAUCACAGAAUACAGCUGUUGAUGCGGAAGGGCUUCAGGCCCUAGGGGCGCCACCAACUUCAAACUCCAGCAUUCCCCCGUUUCUCCUGGGGCCCUUUUACAGCGGCUCCUACCUCCCAACCUAUUACCCUCCCCCGCCGCUCCAGUACACGAUCACCAACCAUGUGCGACACCCUCUCAGGCCCAAGCCUCCGCGGAUGGGCGAAGUGUUCUACACCCGCUUCAUUCCUUCCAUUGGACAGUACUUGUCGUUCCGUGUAGCUUCCUUAUCACCAAACCCGGUGCCAUACAUGGGCCCCAUCGGAUCUAAGCCGCCUCCACAGCAACAUCUCUGUACAAUGUCGGAUACAACGCUGCUGAAGGCAUGGUUUUCCAGCCCCAGGGUCACUGCUUUUUGGGGAGACUAUUCACCCACCUUCCUGACCAACGCUCUGCAGAGCAGACACAGCUUCCCUGUAAUCGGGCUCUGGGACGGCGUGCCAUUUGGAUACUUCGAGAUAUACUGGGUGAAAGAGGACUUGCUUGGCCGCUAUGCCGGAUCGUCCAUUGAUGACUGGGACCGUGGGUUGCACGUUCUGAUCGGCGAAGAAUGGGCACGUGGUCGUGUGCAGCCUUGGUUGACGAGCCUUGUGCAUUGGAUGCUUUGUGCCGAUUACCGAACCAUGAGCAUUUGCGUGGAACCAAGAGUAGAUAAUGCCAGGUCAGUGCACACACCAAAGAGAAAACGCCCUGAAGAGCAUUGA